AUGUGCGUCCCUGUGUUUGGGGGCAGCGAUGGAAUCCCAAUAUCCGUCGGCAAGAUUGGGGAAGGCGAUGUCCCCAACAUGUGCGACAGGAUUGGGGAAGGCGGCGUGAGCUCCGUUCCUGUCCUCAAGAUGUGCGAUGAGAUUGGGGAAGGCAGCGCGAGCUCUGUGCCUAUCCCUAAGAUGUGCGAUGGUGGUACAAGACAAAAUGAACCCAUGAAGCUAGGGGCUAGUGGCGGUGAUGGGAGCCCGGAGCACGUCCUCAAUAUUGGGUGUAGUCGCCUUCGCGUUGAUCACAUCGGCCAGUUGUAUGUCCUUGACUCCGAAGAUGAAGGCAGCGGCAUGGAGGCAGGACUUUAUGUCCCUGAUUCAGAGGAGGAAGAUGGACAUGACUGUGGUUGUGAGCGUCGACAGCUUCAUCGAUGUGUUGGGCUGCCCAGAGGUGAUGUUGGUGGGUGCUACAACUGUGGACGUGCAGUGGUGGCGUCUACAGCCAGCAACAAGUCCGAGAAGAUGACCAUGGCCGCAAAUUCGGUCAUCAAGGCUGCCUCGGUCUAG